AUGUCGCACCUUCGUCAGGUUUUCGGAAUACUCCACGUUAGCAUCCGAGAACAGUUAAAUGGAAGAAAUCAGCUACUGAAAAUACAUCAUCCACGCGCUGAUAUCCACAUGAAAAUUAUGAACGUCUCCAACGAAUCAACACCUUCAUUUAGCCCUCAACCCCCACCUGGAAUAACCACGUUCACACGGACAACAUACUCUAUUUUGUCUGUCGUCGCUAUGAUAGGAAACAUCUUGGUUAUUCUCGUCUUUGUCGGGAACAAGGAUCUACUCAAAAAAUCGUACAACAUAUUAAUUCUGUCCUUAGCCAUAUCUGAUAUUCUCACCGCUCUGCUGCUUAUCACAAACCCAGCUUUUGUCCUUGGUGACGCGUUUCCUUAUCCAACUAAUCACGUCAUUGGCGACAUCUUCUGCCGUGUACUGUGGAGUCGUGCGAUUCUGUUCCAGCUGGUAGUCUUCUCCGCGUACAUUUGUUUGGCUUUGGCGACAGAGCGGUGGUAUGCAGUGGUCAAGCCCUACAAGUACAACGAGGUCUUUAGCAAGAAGCGAACGCUCGUUUACAUCUCUCUUGUGUGGCUCUGGUCAUUUCUCCUCUGUGGCACAUCUCUGUUCGAAGUUGCGUACGUUCCCACAGAGCCACUGAAUCGCCGCUGCAAAUGGGAAUUGUUCUUGGGUGAACAGCCAGUACGCACUAUUGGUGCAAUCAUUCAAGUCCUGUUCAAAAUGGUGCUUCCCAGCCUGACUAUGUCGUGUCUGUUUUUCCACAUGGUUUACAAGGCAGGCAGGUCUACGGUCGUCUCAGCUGAGAGCAAGGCUCAAUUGCGCGGAAAAAUGACGCGAAUGGUCGGCGCCGCCUGCCUGAUGCUCAUUAUUUGUUACGCGCCAAACCAGAUCAACUACGCUCUGGCAAUGGCGGGAAAAACGCGACUUGAUAGCGAGCUGCACCAUGGUCUCUCUAUUUUGGUAUUUGUCAACAGCUGUGUGAACCCAUUCAUUUAUGGGUUUAGCAACAGGAAUUACCGCAACGGCUACCUCAGAAUCGUGUUCUCAGCCUGCUUUAAAAUCAGUGGUAGAAGAAUCAGUAACAGAGUAACAGAUGGAAGCUACUGUGUUGUCAUCACAGUAGAGUCUGUGGUGGAAAGUGCUCGGGAAAAUUCAGCUCAAAGAGAAGAACACUCAUCUAGAGAGUAA